AUGAUAACCCAAGCUGGAGAAUGGGAAUACACUUUCAAAUUGAUUAGGAUAAGGAGGGGACAUAAACAGGAACUAGAACUGGAGCUACAACGAAAACAUGUACUUUUUCCCCCAAUCCUGGCGGGACAGUUUAUCCCGGGAUCACUCGAAUAUAUACCUUUAUAUCAUGAUGAUUUAAGUAAACGAAAUAAGCGUAAUUGA